AUGGAAGUUAUUUCCUCAAGAAAAUAUGAUGCAACAUCAUCGUCAAAGGCUUUAGCAGCAGCAAAGCCAAAAUCUACGACGACGACACCUAAUAUUGUCACACAUUACACUGACAUGUUUAUUCAAACUCCAGAAAAUUCAACGGCUAAAGUAAUAGAAGGUAAAAUAAAGGAUUCUGGGCCGUUUGUUACCACCAACACGACUGAGGACAUUGAACAGCAAGAGCAAACAACUCAGGAGAAACGGACGAUAGCUAAUGAUGAUAAUUCAUUAAAACGACGACGCGAAGGUUCAAUAUCACCCUCAGCAUCUGCGAAUUUAAAUGGAAAUAUCACUGUAACAAGUGAUAAAAUUACCAGCGAUGCCGGUGGUGGUAGUAUCAUUCAGAAAGAACUCAACGAAACGAUUGUUAAAAGUCGAGAAGAAGUUGAAGAGUUUGUUGAAACUGAAAAAAGACAACACCUUGGUGACAUAACUGAUGAAGCUUACCAAUUAGCAAUAAUACGAAAUAAUAAUAAUAAUAGUCGUAAAAAUUUAAGAAUGACUUUAGCUGAAACAGUUAAUCAACUGUCAUCUGACCAUAUUGAACCGCGUGUUAUUCAACAUACGACAAAGUCGAACAAAGUUAUCGAUACUGAAAAAAAGAUUAAACGAACAGGCCUUAAACCGGAUGGUGCGAUUGUUACCGAAACAAAAACUAGUGUCACGCAUGAAGAAAUUAACGAUGUUCCGGACUAUUCAUAUCCAGAUAAUAAUGUUAAUGAUGAUAAUGAUGAAAUUCCAAGAGAAAUAAAAAAAGAGAGUUCACAAAAAUUUUUUAAACAGCGCGAUGAAGAUAUCGUAGAUUAUUUAUUAAAUGGAGAAAAAAUAGCUCGAGAACGACGCUUUAUUUCUGAAAUCACGGAAGGAGAUAGAGUUGGCGAUUUUGACGAGAAUAUCAGAACAACUUUGAAUAGGAAAAACGUUUUGACGAAGAAACCUUUGAGCUUGGACGAAGAGGAUGAAGUUAAAAAAUUCGAAACGUCCAAAUGGCUCGAAAAUCAUUUUGGGAGUGACCAUGGAUUAUCAUCCCACAGCAGUAAAGACGAAAUAGUCACUAAUAAUCAUAAUGAUAAUAACCGCCAAGUUCAAGUUCAGACCAUGAAUAAUAAAAGUUUUAUUAAUGUGACUAUGAAAUCAUCAAAGUCACAAGAUUGUAAAAAUAACGGUAAACAUAAAGAUACAUAUAUUAAUACCUACAUCGAUCAAAGCUAUAGUGAGCAUGACCAACCGGUACGACUGUCAAAUAAACAUAUAAAAAGUGAAAGAAUAAGUAAUUGGUCUGAGAGACAGCAACAGCACAAUACUACAGAGAAACCAAAUAUCAAUGGUAAUUCUCCGUCUUCACUAUUAUCGUUGUCGUCGUCGUCUACCACCACAUCUUCAUACUGUAGAAUUGAAACUCCACAAAUAAACGAGGUUGAGAAAGAGCCAAUAGAGCAGCAAGAAAAUUUACCACCCCAACAACCAAUAUCGAAAAAAAUUUUUGAAGAUUCUUCAUAUAUUAAAACUUCUUCCGCUAGUUCGACUCCGCGUUAUUAUACUGAGACUACGAAAAAACAUAAACAGUUGCAACGAAAUGCCUCAAAUUCAUCUUCAUCGUUACUACAGUAUAAUCAAAACAGCAACAAAAACCAUCAACAAAUUUUAGUAACAAAGAAAUGCAAAUGUGAGACAGAUGAUUUAAAUUUAUCGUCGCCGUCACCGCAAUUGCCACCUCAUUCAUCAUCGGUCCAGGUGAUUCAGAGAACAAGAGAUAAUCGUAAUAAAAAAGUUUAUCACCAUCCACCCCCACAACAGCACAAACAGUACCACUAUCACGGACAGUUUGACAAUUUACAAACAUCCGAGUCUAUGAAUAAUAAUUCACAGCAAAAAUUUUGUUGCCACCGUCGUCGACAUCGUGAUCGACGCUGUCGUUCAUCGUCACCCCCGUCCCUAAUUAGAUUUUCCUCAACACCAACUUUAAUAAAACGUGAAAAAAAGUCUUCCAACGGUGAUGCUAUAAAAAAUUCGUCAACCAAUACAUCAACGAGCAGCAAAUCUAAAAUUGGUGAAUCGUUCAGACGAUUUGUAAAUAAAUUACGUUCAGCCUCGACUGAAAGAAGAAAUAAAAAAUCGAGUGUCAAUGGUGGUGAUAGUGGCGGUAAUAGUGGUAACAGUAAUUUGUCAAAUACUACAUCAGUUUCUCAAGUGACACAAACAGAUAAUACCAAAAAUCCGAUGACUACAUAUCUUCAAUACAAUGUAAUUGAUAAAAAUAUUCCUGACACCCAAUAUCACUAUAAUCAAACGAAUGACGACAUUCAUGAAGCAAUUAUUAACAGCAACAGUGACAGUAAAUCAUUACAAGAAAAAUCCUCAAAAAAUGGUUCAUCUGUAAUCAGUGGUUCUGCUCCAGGUAUAACUAAAACUAUUAAAGUCACUAGAUCAAACGGGCAUAUUGCUAAUUACGAUCAGUAUGGAAGAAAUAAUUCAAUCACUCCAGUCCACAGAUACUACAUAAAAGAAUCAUUUAUAGGCGGAAAACAAAAUACAGACCGGGAUCCUGCUUAUAAGAAUAAGUUUGCAACAAAGUCACGAAAACCAAUAGCUCCUCUUCCUCCGAGCUCUUUAAUCAAUAACGACAACAACAAUAAUAACAAUAACAAUAAUAAUAUGAAUAACGACAAUGAAACCUCUGAUAGAUAUAUUUGUAAAAAUAAUAAUAAUAAUAUAAAGUAUAAUCAAACUUUAUCGAGAUCGAAUCAUGAGCCAUCAACAUUCCUUGGACGGUUUAGUAAGUCUGCUAGUCGACUGAUGACGUCACCGGCAACCACAAAUGAAUAUGAUCAGAAGGAUCGACAAGUUACAAGCACUCAAACAUUACCUCGAAAACUUCAGCGUUAUUUAUUAGUCCGAAAUAAUAACAAUAAUAAUAAUAAUAAUAAUAAUAAUAAUAAUAAUAAUAACAGUAGCUUAACGAAGAAGAAAUCAGCUAAACCACCGACUGGAUCGUCGGCGAAUCAGUUUUCGUCAAGCCACAAUCAUUUAAACUACAUAAAAUCUUCGUCAUCGUCAUCGCCGUCGCCAACGCAGUCGUUCGCUCCAAUGUCAUCAAUGUCGCCUUCGUCUAAUAAGUCAAUGCAUUAUGGGAGUAUGAUAAAUAUAUCUAUUAAACAUAAUGCUCCACCACCGACAAUGAGAGACAAUACACCACCAAAAAUGGCUGUUGUCAAUAACACUGGAACGUUACCAGUCAAGCCUGAUCGUACUUUUAAAUCAUCUCUCUCCCGAAGUAAAAGCUUUAAUGUUCUCGAAGACAAUACUGUUGCUUAUAAUAAUAAAAAUUUAAACACUAGAAAUUAUUCUCCGAGAAUAACUUAUAAAUCUAACACACAGUUGCAUCGCUUAGACGAAACGCCAUUGGAGAGUCCAUUAAAGAGCCCAAGUAUCCUUGCUAGCAUAAAUCGGUACAGUAACAGCGGCGAAAAUACCAACACAAAUAAAAACUUAUAA